CAGACCCAGCAUCUCAUUACCUUUCCAAUACAAUCCAAAACUGAGGCUCAUUGUGUCCUGUAGGAUCCUGCAGUCGAGGUGUUCCUGUGUGUUUGGCUUCGCUCGGACAAAGACCAGGAGACAUGGCCGUGGCUAAUUUCCACUACAUCACUCGGAUGAGCAGCGGCUUCAAGGUCUACAUUUUAGAAGGUCAGCCACACCUCAGAAGCGAAGACAGAUACAGACAUAUCACGAAUGACCGGGCUCGAGUCCCAACGGUGUAUCCAAUCAAACGCAAGCGCAGCCACGAGCGAGGCCUGACAUUGGAGGAAAGGCGAGAGCGGGCGCUGAGCAGGAGCAUUGGCAAAGCUGCCCAGAGAGUGGCGCCAGCGGCGGCGGCGGCGUUUAACAGGCCGCAGAGCCCCACAUCUACCGGAGUGUGGAGUCCAACACCCAGCCCCACCAGCCCUCUGCCCAGCCAUGUGUACUACGCACCGGUCAUGGAUGAACCACUUGCCCUCAUCAAGAAACCGAGAAAAGACCCUGAAAGCUCAGAGGAAAAGACCAAAAGCUCUGCACCCACCCAAAUCCAGAUGCGUCCGUCUGUGAUCACUUGCGUCUCCUCGUCGAGAAACCCCUCCUGCAGAUCUGAGGUCCACAGAGGACACUCAUCAGUGAUCUCCAAAUGCAACUAUGACCACGUGGUCGAGGAGCAUUUCCAGAGGAGCCUCGGCGUCAACUACCAGACCGCCCGCUCCCAGCAGCUCUCCAUCAGCGUGUCUGUAGACGACCACUUCGCCAAGGCUCUGGGAGACAAGUGGCUGCAGAUUAAGUCCAAGUCUUCCUCCUGCUCCUCCACACCUCCCAGCAGUCCCAGUGUUACUCACUCCCCCACCUACAGCCACAGCCCAAAUCAGUCCCACAAAGAGUCCACCAGCAGCUCAUCGCCGACUUCCAGCCGCUGGUCCGUCAACUAAAGCAGAGAUGGCCUCCGAUGUGGGGAGAAACUGGACUUUGUGAAUUUUACCAUUUCACUGCGUGCAGCUCUGCUUGUUGAGCGACGGAAAUGCCGGCGCUAGUGCCGAGAGGGCGAGCUAACGGAUGCAGGUGUGCUGUCGCUUUGGACCCCCACGGGUCCAAAGCUCAGGCACUCUGACGCAGAUGAAUGUAGCAUGAUUUGGGAUGUCCUCGUUUUGUUACAGUUCUAUCCUCUGCUUGUCGAUAGCAUCUGAAUACCUGCGAUACUGUAGAUGGUGAUGUGGGAUGAUUGCCAAGUAUUCCUUUACAUUUCUUUGAUUUUGAGUCAUUCUUUUAACGCAGUCUGAAUGCCACAAUUUCAUUGUAUUAUAUUUAUACUCUGAUACACCUGGGUUCAUUGUAGUCUAAAUGACUGGCCUGUCUGCUGUAUGAUAUCACGCUUAUAAGCUGUACACAACACAAAGACUUUCAAAAAGACUUUGGAAAAAUAAAAAUCUCAA